CCGUGCGGGCAUGAGCUCCAGCGGCCACACCUCGCUGCCGCUCCUUCUAGGGCUGCUGCUGUUGGUGCUGCAGGUCAACAUCGUCAACAGCUUCCAACAAGGAAAUGAUGAUCUUACUAAUCAAACAAAGGGAGAGAGCCACCGGCCUCUACAGCGAUCCAAGAGAAGAUGGGUUCUCACCACCUUCGAGCUGGAGGAGGAAGACCCAGGACGCUUUCCCAAACUUGUUGGUGAGCUGUUCAAUGAUAUGUCUAAUAACAUGUCGUUGAUGUAUUUAAUCAGUGGACCUGGUGUGGAUGAAUAUCCAGAGAUUGGUUUGUUUUCUCUAGAAGAACAUGAGAAUGGAAAAAUAUAUGUUCACCGCCCUGUGGAUCGGGAGACCACACCAUCUUUUAUGGUUUAUUUUGAUGUGAUGAAUCGCCUAACAGGAAAAAUUGUGGACAAAUCCUUGAUUUUCAACGUUAGGAUCAGUGAUGUGAAUGACCAUGCACCCCAGUUCCCUGAGGAGGAAUUUGACGUCAGUGUGAGAGAGGACCACGCUGCAGGUCAACCUAUUUUUCAGAUGUUAACAGUUGAUUUGGAUCAAGAAAAUACUCCAAAUUCUCAAGUCCUUUAUUUCCUUGUUUGUCAAACGCCGAUACUGAAACAAAGUGGCUUCCGGAUUGACCGUAUUAGUGGAGAAAUACGACUCUCAGGAUGCUUAGAUUAUGAGACUGCUCCUCGGUUUACACUACUGAUUGGAGCGAGGGAUUGCGGAGAACCACCGUUGUCAUCCACGGCCACAGUGCAUGUCAACGUGCAAGAUGGCAACAACCACAUGCCCACAUUUGCUCAGGAGAACUAUGAGAUUCAGAUUUCCGAAGGCCAAGUCAGCCAGAGCUUGCUGCGUCUCCUGGUCCAAGAUGAUGAUACGCCGCUUACGUCAGCUUGGAGAGCAAAGUUCAACAUAUCGAAUGGCAAUGAAGAGGGACAUUUUGACAUUUUGACUGACCCUGAGACCAAUGAAGGGAUUUUAAAUGUCAUCAAGCCUUUGGAUUAUGAAACCCACCCAGCGCAAAGCCUUGUCGUCGCCGUGGAAAAUGAAGAGCUGCUCUUCUCCUGCGAGGGGGGCAAGCUUCAGAAGCCAAGGAAGGCAGCGGCAAGCGCCACCGUGAGUGUGCUGGUGACGGAUGCCAACGAUCCGCCGGCCUUUCACCCCAGGAGCUUCAUCGUCAGUGAAGUUGAUGGCGCCAGGCCUGGAAUUCAGUUGGGAAUAUUUAAUGCUGUGGAUCCAGACAGAACUGCCAGCCAGAUAAGAUAUAAACUGGUUCAUGAUCCGGCAAAUUGGGUCACCAUAGAUGAGUGCUCAGGAGCAGUUAUCACCAGAGAGCAAAUUGACCGAGAAUCUCCUUAUGUAAAUGAUAGCUUUUACAUAAUCAUCGUUCAUGCUGUUGAUGAUGGUCUCCCGCCGCAGACUGGGACGGGGACCCUGACGCUCUUCCUGUCUGACGUCAAUGACAACGCCCCAACUCUCCAUCCCCGUUCCCGGUACGUGGAGGUCUGUGAGUCUGCAGUGAACCAGCCCCUCGUCAUCGAGGCCGAGGAUGGCGACCUGGAGCCCUACUCGGACCCCUUUACCUUUGCAUUGGACGAUGCUGGGGGAAACGCAGAAGACACAUGGAAACUGGGGGAAAAUAGAGGUCGGUCAGCUGAGCUUUUAAUGUUGAGAAGCCUCCCACGAGGUAACUACUCAGUGCCGCUUUUCAUCGGAGACAAACAGGGACUUUCCCAGAAGCAGACUGUCCAUGUGAGGGUCUGUUCCUGUCACAGUGGAGUCACAUGUGCGGAGCACUCAGUUGCAGGAGCUGGGCUUCUCCUGGGCCCCCUCGCCCCUCUCUGUGCAGUGUUCAUGGCUCUGGCAGUGGCUCUGCUUUUCCUGCUGCGAUGCUAUUUUGUGUCUGAAGCAGAGAGGCACAGAUGCUCUAUCCCAUCUGAGGACGGCCACCAGACCUUGAUGACAUAUAACGAUGAGAGCAAAGCCAUUUCUCCCCAGGGAACGUCAGAUGUAGGGGAUCAGAUGACAGCCCUGUCGAUCAACACAACCGAGGCAGGCGCCACGCUGGGUGCUAAGGAUAUGAAUGAUAUGCCACCACCUCCAGCGAGUGCGUCAGACCAAGCACACUUUGUCCUGGGGACUCCGGGUUAUGGUGCGCUUUUUGAGCCAAGAGGUGUGAGGAACAAGUACUCCACUGCCGUCGUAUACCUGGAUCCCAUGGUGCCCAGACGACCCCUGGAAGUGAGGGCAGGAACGAUGGCAGAGACCCUGAGUCAGAAGCUCUGUGGUGUUGACGUGCUGGAAGAUGAUACUGGCUACCCGCCUCUCAUCUACGCUGAGGAGGGAGAGUGUGAAAUAGCCGAAACCCUCAGUUCUCUGACCUUCUCGGAACAGGAGCUGCCGUCUGACUUGCUGGACUCUUUGGGUUCAAAGGCUGCUCCCCUUCAAGAAAUAUAUUCCAAGUCAGGUGUUCCUUCCUAAGAAAUGCAUAUUUUGGAGAAGUGGACUAAUUCAUGGAGGGGAAUCACUAUUCAAGGGCUUUGUUUUUUUUUUCCUUUUUUAAAGAAAUUACCUCCUAGGGGCUGGCCCGGAGGUGUAGCGGUUAAGUUCGUGUGCUUUGCUUCUGCGGCCUGGGGUUCACUGCUUGUCAAGCCAUGCUGUGGCCGCGUCCCGUAUAAAGUAGAGGAAGAUGAGCAUGGGUGUUAGCUCAGGAUUAAUCUUCCUCAGCAAAAAGAGGAGGAUUGUCAUCAGAUGUUAGCUCAGGGCUAAUCUUCCUCACACACACACACAAAAUUACCACCUAGUCCUAGGAUGAGGAUAAGGUAUGAGUUUGGAUCAAAUGCUUUGGUAUUCUCAGACCAGACAUUUCGAACCAAAGCAAAAUAGCAGGUUACACAAAUUUUAAAUUUUGACUUAUCAGAUAGAUUUUCUAGAGAAACGUGAAUUUAAAUGUGUAAUUCCUUGCUUCCAUUAGCAGCCCAGCUCUGAGGUUAAUGAAAAUACAAUCCAUAGAUUACCCAGCAAUUUGGCAACAAUAGGUAAUAUUGGGGAAAAAUGAAAAUAGAUUUUUUUAGUGAUUAUUUACAUUUCUAUAAUUAUGAUUCUGCUUCAGUUUAAGUGAAGAAACAGGUAAAUAGGGAAAUGUUUUCUAAAACAUUUGUGAUCAGUAUCUAAAAAAAUAAAUAUCGAUCCUGUUUCACUUUUUGAGUGGAUAAAUAAAUAAUGUUAUCAUGAGAGACAUGAUUAGGAUUAAAAUUUUGUAAGCAGUGCAUACUUAAAAAAAUGAACGGACAUAAUUUAACUUGCGUGUAUUAUGUAAGUAAAAGAAUUUACUAGCCUUUGAAUGAAUAAGUUCCCCUUAGAUUUUAUCUUUAAACAAAACCACAAACUUUAAUUGAUUUUUUAUUUGUCCACUUAUUGCUAGUGUAAGUGUGGGAGAGGGGUUAGUUUCUUUUACAAAUCUUAAAAACAUUUAAAUAGUAGGACAUGUGUCCUCUAAAUACUUUUCUUGUCUGAGUAAUAGAUAAGAGACUGGCUCAGGAAAAUUUUAAGUGCUAUCAGGAUACUUUAAUGUAUAUAUUGGAUAUCUAUAAGUCUACAUCCAAAUUCUAAAAAGUUUAUAUAACAAAUGAGCAUAACUUUUGUGAAUGCCCUCUUAUGCCCUGGGAUAAAUCAGGAGAAACACACAUUUGCUGUCGAAUCAGUGAAGUAUUAUACUAAACAGUAAGUUUUAGCUGACUCAGGGUUCAAACUUUCCUCUUCUUUCUGAAGAAGCUGUGCAAAUAUUUGCUGUAAAGAGAUCUCAAGUGUUUGGACAUAGUUACUUCACUCAUCCUCGAGUGCUUUGGGUGACUGAAAAAGAAGAAAGACCAUCUCCAAAGCAUUGGAAUGUCAGUCUGACACGUGAAUGUGUAGAAGAGCUGUGCUCGUGCUGGCAUGAUUCAGAGGAGAGUCUAGGACCUUUUCUGGGUAAUUCAGGAUAAAAGUAAUUUUUUAGAAAAGAAUACUUUUUGAGUCUGAAUUGUUGGCAUGAGUCAGGAGGUGGUCAAUAGACCAUCCCGACUCUGAGGCAAGGGUCAGAAAACCACGGCCAUGGGGCAGAUGUGGCCCACCAUCUGUUUUUGUAAAUAAAGUUUUAUUGGCGCACAGCCAGGCUCGUACAUUGUUUAUGUGCUGUCUACCACAGCUUUGUGCUGCCACGGCAGAGCUGAGUAGUCAGGACGUAUUUACUUGCCAGCCCUUUACAGAAAAAGGGUGCUGAUCCCUUGUUUAAAGCAUUCUUUUUGGAAACUCCACAUUGUAUCAAACAUGUGAAGAUAUAUCCACCCCCUGUGUGAGAAACAAACACAUACAAAUUUUGAAAGAUUUUAAAUAAAUUUCUUUUGGCUA